GCUAAGAAUACUAAGCACCUCGCCGUGGAACGCCAAGUCGGUGGUUUCGUCAGGACCUUUCCAGUGGCUGUCACGGCCGCAGCAUUAGAAAUCAUCAAUUGAAUACAUCAAUCUCCGGGCGGGGAAGCCACAUGUCAACUCUGGACCAAAAGCACACACACACGAAGGGCUGGCACAGAACUGUCGGAACACGGCACACUGUGCUGCGCCCCGCGAAUUGAAUGAUUCUGUCGGGGUCUUUGCCCCUUCCAUUCAGUCAAUCUGAGUGUUCGCGUAUGUCAGCCCGGCAGAAUUGACCCAUUCGAGGACAUCAGUUCGCUGCCAUGCCAACCUCAGGCCCUGUGUUUAACAGUAGGUGCCUUGGCUGUAACGCUGACAGCGUGCCUAGGGCUCGAGACCUUGCCCUCAACAAUGCAAAGACUCCCGGCAUCGAUCUUGCCGCUACUCAAUUAUUGGGCCCCGAGCAUAUUUACUCCGGCGAGUGGCCGCUCGUGCUCGAAGCUAUUUCACAGCUUCCGCAGAACCAGCAAGGCGCAUUGGCCAGCUAAGAACGGAAGCUUUGUGUGAGACACAAUCCAGCCUGCGCAUACCGGUAAAAACAGAACCGCCGCUUCCCACAAAGCUGCCAAAUUUGCAUUUUCUGCGUCUUCCCUCAUUCUGGGCAGCACCUGCCACGCAACACCCUUGGAACGAAAUUAUUAAGGCCGCCCCGCUCCUAUCUUCCCA